GCGCAACAUGUGACUGUCUCCCCGGACCCGCCCCCGGCCAGUCACGCGCCUGUCCCCGCCCACCAGCCCCCGCUGUUCUAUAAUAUAUGGUACCCGGACUUCUCGUCUCCAUAGUUACCGGGGAGCGGAGGGUCCCGUGGUAACCUUGUAGCGCCGAUCUCCCCCCCGGUCUCCAUAGUAACGCCCAGGUGCCCGCCUGGUCCCAGCGCCGGCCGUGUGAUACAAUCAGCCAGUGACGUCCCGGUGAUGGAGCCCGGCCGGGAGCUGCGGAUGCAGGAAGCCGGCCAGGGACAUCUGCUGCGGUUCCUGGGGGAGCUGAGCCCCGGGGAGAGGGACGGUCUGCUGCAGGAGCUGCAGCUGCUGGAUCCCGCCGAGCUCCGGGAGCACUGCCGCCGGGCGGAGGAGGCAUAUGCCCGGGAGAGCAGCUCCCCGCAGCGCCUGGAUGAUCAGAUGCGCCCGGUGCCCGCAGAGUUCCUGGGCAGCACCAGGAAGAGUCACCCCGAACAGCUGAUCUCCUGGGAGGAGGAAGGACUCCGCGUCAUUUCGCAGAACAAGGUGGCUGUCUUGCUGCUGGCGGGGGGUCAAGGUACUCGCCUGGGUGUGACGUACCCCAAGGGAAUGUAUAGCGUCGGCCUUUCCAGCGGUAAAACAUUGUACCAGAUCCAGGCGGAGCGGAUCCUCCGGCUGCAGCAGCUGGCGGGCGAGAAGCAUUGUACAAAGUGCACUGUGCCAUGGUACAUAAUGACCAGCGAGUUCACGCUGAGCCCCACUCAGAAGUUUUUCGAGGAACACAACUUCUUUGGCGUCGACCGGUCGGACGUAGUCAUGUUUGAGCAGAGGAUGCUGCCGGCGGUUGGUUUUGACGGGAAAGCGAUUUUGGAGCGCAAGAAUAAAGUGGCGAUGGCUCCAGAUGGCAAUGGAGGACUGUAUAGAGCUCUCGCUGACAACCAUAUAUUGGAGGACAUGGAGGCACGAGGCAUCUCCUAUAUACACGUGUACUGUGUGGACAAUAUACUGGUGAAGAUGGCUGACCCUGUCUUUGUGGGGUUCUGUGUGUCCAAAGGAGCUGACUGCGGGGCUAAGGUGGUGGAGAAGGCAUACCCGGCCGAGCCUGUUGGGGUGGUGUGCCAAGUAGAUGGUAUCUACCAGGUGGUGGAAUAUAGUGAGAUUAGCCCGGACACAGCAGAGAAACGUAACCCUGAUGGCAGCCUGAUGUACAAUGCCGGCAGUAUCUGCAAUCACUUCUUCACCCUAGACUUCCUGAAGAACGUGGCCAGGAUUUUCGAGCCACGCCUUCGAUACCAUGUAGCCAUAAAGAAAGUUCCAUAUGUGGACGAACAAGGAAACUUGGUGAAACCGGAGCGACCAAAUGGGAUAAAAUUAGAAAAGUUUGUCUUUGACGUCUUUCAGUUCACCAAAAACUUUGUGGCAUUCGAAGUUGCGCGGGAGGAAGAGUUCUCCCCCUUGAAAAACGCGGAGACAGCCGAGAAAGACACUCCGACUACAGCGAGACGUGCACUCCUGUGGCAGCACUAUCGAUGGGCGCUGAGAGCCGGUGCCAAGUUCACAGAUGCUAGCGGCCGUGAGAUAGCCGACAACUCUAGUGCUCCAGAGACGACAGACCCGCCGGCUGUGUGUGAGAUUUCCCCAUUAAUCUCAUAUUUUGGAGAGGGUCUACGUGUGCAUCUGAAUAAUCAGGACAUCUCGUCCCCCUUCAUACUGGACGGCCAUAGACUGUUGGAGAACUGAAGGCUUUUGAGGAGUAGACCUGCUGGAUGAGGCUGGAUGUUGUUGCUGCUAACUCUCGUGCAGAUCUCUCACAAAACAAAGAUUACAAAGUUGACAACCAAAAAUUGUGCCUUAAAAUCCAAGUCUAGGACCGUUUGCAUUACAUUUCCAAACUGCAGCCUUGUUCAUGAGACAUCCUACACUGAUAUACUGUAUGGGAUAAUGCACACCCUACUGUAUAUCAUAUGGGUAUUACAAGUCACUGUGGCUGCAUUCCAAGUGCUUUUAUACAGGUAAUACAAAUCAAAGAUUACUUCAUAUUUGUUAGUACUGGGUAGGUGUUGCAUUAUUCCUUCUAAUAAGACUUGUUGACAUCAGACCUCAUCAGUUAUAAGGAAUGACAUCAGAACUCACUUGUUAUACAAAUAUUAUUUGUUAUCAAUUAUUUGUGUAUUAUAAAUGAAUGAUCUAAAACUGGAAAGUGUGAUUAUUCUACGACCGAUAAGCACCACAUGUACCUCAUGAAAUAAAUACUUUUAUACCUAGUGUAUUAUUGACACAGA